CUGCAGCAGUUCGAGUGUGGAUGAAACAUUGAAGUGCAUCUCUUUAGGGUCUCGGAGCGCUAGCUAAAUCAGUCCGAGUUUAGCGAAAACAUCACGGAGGAGCUGCGCAAAGUUAUCUGCGGAAAGGAAAAUUCUCCCUUAACAAGGGCAUCUGCCUCGCUCUCCAGCCAGCAGCAUGAUGAAGGACUGUCUGCAGUUUCUUAUCGAGCCGGCCAAAAAGCUCAAGAUCCGACUCAAGGAGUCUCGUAAGCGAGUGAAACUUGAGAAGAAGGAGCCACUGUUGGAGAGUCAGUUAUUUAUCAUGGAAUUAGCCCGAGAGCUCAACAGAAUUUGCCAGAGGUCAAACAUCCUCGGCCACAUCUGGACCAGUGAGGACAUCUGGCCGGCCAGUGUGUGCCGUGAUUUCAUUGUGGAAUGGGCUGCUGUGUUGGAGAAGAGAGUACAGCCGAGGAUCAUCCUGUCUGAAUACCAGCAGGAGAAACCAGAGAAGAAAGACUGGAAGGGACACCUCCUCUGCAUGCUGGAAGCAGGGGGGGAGUGCGACAUGGGGCCCCACAAAAGAGUCAUCAUGGACUGGACACGGGAGAUAAAAAGCAGACCUCAGCCCACCGUCUGGCCCGGCGAGCCUGUGCUCAUGAUGCUAGACGACCUGGAGUUCCAGUGGAAGAGGGGUCGUCUCCCCAACCUGCUCCCAGCCAUGGAGCUCGUCAUGCUGGCUGUGAUGAACGCGGACAGCCUCGUCAAGGAGGACAUGACUAAACAGUGGCUGGUGAGAAAGCAGAGGAGCCAGAAUAUUGACACUGUCCGCUACAUCCCCCACAGCGUCUGGAAUUGGAUUUGCGAUGCUGCAGAGGAAGUCACUCUGGACUCAGACUCGGCCAACCCAGACCUGCUCAUCUCCAGUGAUCAUAAGCGCAUGCGGUGCGGCCUGAAGCGCCGGGAAGUCCCGCGGUGCCAGCGGCGCUUCGACGGCUGGUGGUGUGCCGUGGGCCAGGAGGGCUACACCUCCGGACGCCACUACUGGGAGGUGGAGGUUGGGGAGCGGGACUGGCGGCUAGGUGUGGCCAAGGCGUCCGGGGUGAGGCAGGGCUUCCGCCCGCUCACCACAGCCAGAGGCUACCUGACCCUCCGCCUGGAGAGGGGCACAGAUCUGAAAGCCCUGACGGUACCCGCCACCCCGCUGUCACAGAGCCUGGUGCCCAGGAAAGUAGGGGUGUACCUGGACUAUGAGCAGGGCCAGCUGUCUUUCUACGAUGUGGAGAAGCGCUCCCACCUGUACACCUACAACGAGAAGUUCACAGAGGAACUGUACCCCGUGUUUGGGACUGUGGAGUCGGUCAAAGACCUGGUGAUAAGGCCCGCAGGAGUCAGACAGCCGUGCCUCUGCCCCGGGCCCUGCCUCUGGAAUUGAACUGCUUAACACACUCCUCAGUCACUCCUCAGUCCUGACCCUCAGCAGCCCACAGAGUCUGUGCUUUUAUUCUGGUCUGUGAUUUAGUGAAUUUGAAUUGUGUGCUAAUUCUGGACUAAAAGUGUGACUCUUUCUGUGAGGUUCCUUUUAAGGUCUCACAGGGACAAGAACCGCCAUCAUUCUGCAGUACACUUCCUGCAACACUAGAGAACUUUUCCCGCUUCGGUCCCCCUACAGGUUGGAAGCGGAAUUGUCCCAUUAUGUCUUAUUUGAACUACAGAGCCGCCACCCGAUCUGGCAAACUUGCGCAGUGCGGUUAUAGCCGGAAAAGGGUUGCAAAGCGAAUGCAGAAGUGCUGUUCACCCUGUUACGAGUUGAUUUUGGAAACAUUAUUUUAAGUUAUAAAAUGUUCUAGUGUUGCCUUGUCUUUUUUCACAAUGCCCAAUAGGCUUUGAGAGAGUUUAGUCCUCAACCCUCAAAGACCCAUGUGUUUGGUUUUUUUUCAAGUGAAAAAAGAAUGCCAAUGCUGGUUUUAAUGUCACAAUGGAGAUAUGGAAGUGUAUUUUUUGAUUGCUUUUUUUAUUACUUAUAAUUGAAACGUGCGAACUAACUUGACAAAUGUUAUAAAAGCAUGAAGGCACUAUGGAAGGAGGUGCGACCAGCCACUUAGAGCCUCAGUGCAGUGAAACAUUGCAGCUGCUGAAGGCUUGCUAAAAUGCACAGGCAGAUAAUUACAGACUGGGUUGACGCAUGUGAAGAGUUAAUUCUCAGUGUUUGCUUUUUUUGUCUCCUGCAAACAUUUGUCAGGCUUGUUUUGGCAGCUGUGUUUGUGUUUAUUGUUUAUGCAUGCAAUAUUAAGAUGGCUCCC